AUAUCUAACAUAUCGGUAAUUAUGUUUCAAAGAUUCCUUAGCUCCGUAGGAAUCAUAAUUAGCAAUUGUUCUAGGGGCAAAAUGCAUCCGCCAUAUUGUGUUGUGAAGUAGCAAAAAUUGGGAACUUUGAGGUUAGGACGGUUCAGUUGACCCCUGGAACGGAUUUUGACAUCCAUUUUUUCGCCCACAAAGUGCAUUCGUGUGAGUGCGUCUAACGAGGGUGGAUUGGGAGAAUUCUUGAGCAUCAAGGGAUAAUAACAUAUAUUAAUAAAUUGUGCGAGCCAGGUUUGUUUAUUAUGAGCAAUUAUCACGAUGGCUGAACGAGGAGCACAUUUGACAGGUACCGCGGUUCUUAAACCCACAAUUUUUGAGAUAGUGGCACAAGAAUCAUUAGCAUCAACAUUAGAACCUGCCUUCAAGAGAGUAUUCUCUUUUUUAGUUACAUGUAAUCCUGAGAGGUAUGGGUGGCUUGCACAGUGGUCUGACGAGGCAUAUGCAAUUUUCCAUGGAAUGCUGCAGAGGUUUUACUUGAAGAAUUACGGCGCUUCAUUCGCGGAAACGUUUUAUGGACUUCAAAGGAUAGCAACAGCAAACUCUAAACCGGCAGGGAAAAUAUCAAAAGGGCAGCAGAAUUUGUCACUAAUAUUCCUUCUGCUGGAUCCAUAUCUGAAGGCCAAAGCAAGUCAAUUCGAGUUGGAUGAAAUAGAUGGCAGACCAUCGAAGGAGAAAUGGAAGCGCCUACUUAAGACGUACUUCGUGAAGGGACACAGAAUCUACAAUUUAGUUCGUGAAGUGUCGGGGAUGUAUUACUAUUUAUCCUACAUCUCGGACAGAUCCGCUUAUCCGAAUCCCCUCCUGCAUCUGCUGUCAAUGAGUCUCACAUACUCACAUCCUCACGAGUUGAUUUCCAUCUCAGAACUACUGAGUAAGUGGAAGGAGGGGAAUUUCACGACCAGCGACGGCAUACACCUCCUGCAAAGGGGGUUCACGAGAUCUUUGGAGUUGGGAACGUUCUUUUUGCAGUUCAUCAACUGGUGGAAUCAGGAGAAUUUUUAUAAUAAUCUUAUGUCGUUACCUGUACCACCACCACCUCCAGUACCUGACAUUGCCAGAAGGUAUAAGGGCUUGUGCCCAGUUUGUAUAAAGUCUCCAAGCAUUCCCACUGCACUGUCUGUCUCAGGAUAUGUCUUCUGUUAUCAGUGCAUCCUACAGACUAUCCAAACCAAUGGGAAAUGUCCAGUGACCCACUACCCCGCAAAAGAAGACGACUUGAUACGUCUCUACAACUAGACGUCCAAUAUUUUUUUUAAACAGAAACAACUACGUAUUCUUUAGGUAAAUAUUCCGGUGGCUGUGGUACAAUUCAAGUGAACAAAAAUUGUAUAGAAAUAUGUAUGUAUACUAUCAAAAUAAUACGUUUUAUUUUAAACAAGUA